CUUUUUUGUUUUCACAAUCCGGCGACCACAUAUUGUGCGUGCCUAGGAGAUCUGUGCGCGCGCGGAAGAAGAACGCCGAGAAAUCUCGCGAAUUUGUCAAGCUUGUUUCGUAAAGUAUUUGACUUACUGAAAGGUUUUGAUAGUUGCUUGUCUGGACUUCAGAUGGAUCUGGAAACUGAAAAUCGAAUAGCUUCAAUUCUUCUAAGAGAAGCAGCAGAAUUGAGGAGACAAGCUGAAAAAGAUGGUGUCCGAGCAUAUCUUGAGAAGCCUAAUGUAAGGCAUCGACCUAACUCAAGAUUUCUCACAGCGACUGUUCUUGGUGUUCAGCAAUCAAACAAGGCGGUAGAAACCAAUGAAAUGUGGAGGGCUCGGCAGAAAGAGAUUGAGCUAGAAGAUGAAAGGCUGAAAAGAGAAACAAGAGAGGAAAGCAGCAGUAGCCAAAUGGAGCGGAGAGGUAGUCUCUCGGAAAGGAGGUUGGAUAAGAGAUGCAGUUCCGGAAAGAUAACACAUGCAUCAUCAUCAUCAGACAAAAGAUGGUACUCGGAAGAUGACGUAGGCUUAGGAGAUGACGAGAUUGAGUCUUUUCUCCAUUCACGGAUCAAACGUGGCAGAGGCUCCAUCGGUCCUAGGAUGGAUGAAACUGGCCCUUAUCUUCCCGCCGAGAAGGUAGAUAAGUUGCAAAGUUCUGAUGCAGGAGAACGGAAGGUGGUCCUGGGCCCAGAGAGACCACCUUCACUGAGACAACACUCAGAUGAUAACGGGCGUGGUCGGACAAUAAGAAAGGACUCUAUGAAGAAGCGUAUUAAAAAAGAGACGAAAAUAGAAAAGAAGAGAAAACGAGACAGGCGCUAAACGUUUUCGCAUGAUAUUGAUAUUAUAUUAACAGUUCAUGCUAUUGCUAGCGGAUGUUCUUCCUCCAAUUGUCCGAACAAUUUGUAGAUUAUAUAUGACCUGAUUUUUAUGAAAUGACCUUUUCGC